AUGACUUCGUUAACUUUAGAAACAAUUCCGCCAGCAGUUCCACUAAAUGAACGUUUUUCCUCGCUUCGUCGUUGGUACCAACGAACCGAAAAAACGUCCGAAGCAGCCGAAGCACGUCUGUUAUCAAGGCUCGCAUUUUUUUCCCUCGACGGCCAGAAAACGACCGGUAGUCCAGAAAAUUCAAAAACAAUUGCCAGAGUAGGAUUAGUUGAUCUCGAUGGCGAUGGAAAGAGGAAAAUAAACACUCUUUCUAUUGAUCAGAUGGGUAAUGAUUUCAUAAUAGGAAGAGAUGGACUACAAACAUCGUCGCUUUCAGAACCAAUGGUCGAUGCUCAACUGGGCUUUACCGCCGAGCCACAAACACAGGUGCCUGGAUGGAAGAUAUAUGCAAUCGACUGGUUAGGUAUGGGCAGAUCAUCCAGGCCAAGAUUCACGAUAAAUGCCAAAACAGUUGACGAGGCAGUCGACGAAGCUGAGGAUUUCUUUGUUGAUUCGUUAGAGAAGUGGCGCGAGAUUCACAAAAUUAAAAAGAUGACGUUACUGGGUCAUUCACUUGGCGGAUAUCUGGCAGCUGUGUACGCAUUAAAGUAUCCCGAACGAGUAGAGCGUUUGAUUCUCGUAUCUCCGAUUGGAAUACCAGAGAAUCCAUGUCCCCCCGGCGAAGCACGGUCUCCAAGUGGUCACAGGCUUCCCAAUUGGAUUGUUCGUUUGUGGAACGCCAACAUCACACCGCAGUUGAUGAUGCGUUUGUCCGGCCCGUUCGGUCCGUCACUUGUAGAAUGGUAUACCUCCAAACGGUUUAACCAUUUGGAAGAACGGGAUCAGAUUGAUUUGUACGACUAUUUGUUUCAGAUAUCGAGCGCAUCAGGAAGCGGGGAGUACGCCCUGAAUAGGAUACUGUCACCUGGAGCACAUGCUAGGAAGCCGUUAAUUAGGAGAUUGAAACAUUUGAAAAUGCCGACCACUUUUAUAUAUGGUCUUCAUGAUUGGAUAGACUAUCGCGCAGGAGAAGAAGCAAGGAAGACCAUGAGCGUUCCUACAAAGUUAAAACGUAUAAGUAAUGCUGGACAUCACUUGUAUCUAGAUAACCCUCCCGAGUAUGAUUAUGCCAUUGUAGAAGAAAUGCUUGAACAACAACGUGUAGACUCGCAGAUAUCCUUGUGA